GAGUUUUCAUUUCAUUCAACUUAGGAACAGCAGGGAAGAGGGAAACACACAACACACACACAUAACCGUGUGUUCAAGUGGGUACCGAUUGCAGAGAGCUGAUAUAUACAUAUAGAUACAAAAAUAUAUAGAUACAAAAAUGCCGAAGAGAACGACGCACACAUAUUCGAGCGAGGACGCUUUGCCGGAAGGUCCGGACUCCGAUCUCUUCGUCUAUUACUGCAAGCCCUGCGGCUCCCAUGUCCUUAUCACCGAUACUCAAUUGCAGAAAAUGCCCAAGAGAAAAACGGACAAAUCGUAUGUUUUGGAUAAGAAAAAGCAUCUGGCGAGGUUGAACACAAGCGAAGCUGGAAAGGUGCUCUUAAAACGCGGUGAAGGGAAAUUCGAGAAACAGUAUCGAAUGAAUUGUGUGGGUUGUGAGCUGCUUGUUUGCUACCGUUCAGAAGAAGAUUUGGAAUCUGCUUCUUUUAUAUAUGUCGUGGAUGGUGCCCUUAGUUCAAUCGCUGCUGAAACAAAUCCACAGGAUGCUCCUGUUCCGCCGUGCAUCUCACAGUUAGAAGGAGGCCUUGUUCAAGUGGCCAUAGAAGUGGAAGACCGUUCACAACGCUCUGCAAUCACAAGAGUAAAUGCUGAUGAUGUUCGAGUUACGAUAGCUGCACCUGCAGCCCGGGGAGAAGCUAACAACGAGCUUUUAGAAUUUAUGGGAAAAGUAUUAGGUCUUAAAUUGAGCCAGAUGACUCUUCAAAGAGGGUGGAAUAACAAAUCAAAGCUCUUGGUGGUGGAGGACUUGAAUGCGAGACAGGUGUACGAGAAACUUCUAGAAGCUGCACAACCUUGAGAUGGCCCACUGCAUCCCUAAUCCCAAUCGUCAUUCUAUCGUGAAAUUCUAUGAUACAUGGAUUAUAAAUACUCGGUGAAGUUUUUAAUUGCCUUGGCUCCGAGUUUAGUUGUUGAUCGCGUACUAACAUUUGUAUCUUAUUCUCAAUUGUCGUGUGUCUGUGUUUUGUAUGUGUGCUCGCGUCUGUGUGUUUGAGAGAACGUUGACAGUGCCUCUAAUUUGGAUUGUGUGUUAUGUACCUUAAUCUAAGAUUUUUAACUUCAGUGAUUUCAACGAGGUCGACCCGAACUCCAUUAUUCAGGCCCGGUUUGGAAUUUGUACCUACAGACUACAGUAUCAUAUUCGAUGAAAGCGUAACAGAUCUUACUGAUUUAUGUAUGAAAUUA